GUUUCAAACUCAGAGCGCCGCUUGGCGGAGAGUUGUUAUGUUUUUGUGCGACUUCAGUUUUCACUCUUGUGACAUUUAAUUGUUCUUUUAUUGAUCGGUGCUCACUAAUGUGCCAGGUCGACCGACCAGCAUGAUGGAGUCUUGUCAGAAGCACGAAGCGGACGGGCUUGACCAGGUGCUCAUGGAGGACACUUUGAACACGUCAGAAGGCAUCCUGAACGACUCCCACAUGGGUCAGCCAAGCAUCUCGGAGGAGAGCGAGCAUCUUAAGGUUUACCUUCGUAUCCGACCCUUCACAACAACCGAGACCCAGAAUGGAGAGUCGCAGGACUGCGUGUCCAUGGAUCCCCCUGACACCGUCCUGUUGAGGCCUCCUAGUGCAAUGCUCUCAGGCCGUGUCAGCGCCGACAAACCACUUCCCCACACCGCUCAGCGCUUCCAGUUCUCUCAAGUGUACGGUGCAGACACCACGCAGAGGGAGUUAUUCCAAGGAACUGUCAAGGAUUUGGUCAAACAUGUUCUCCAAGGAGGGAAUUCUCUGGUUUUCACCUAUGGAGUCACCAACUCUGGAAAAACGUUCACAUUUUUGGGUCCGGAUGCAUACGCCGGCAUCUUGCCAAGGUCUCUGGAUGCCAUCUUCAGCAGCAUGGAGGAGAAGGUCUUCACCGGGGUGAACAUCAAACCUCAGCGCUGCCGAGAGUUCACCAAGCUGAGCAAGGAGCAGCAGGCAGAGGAAGCGGCCUUCAAGAGCAACCUCAUGCGCCACUUUAAAGAUAGCGAGAAGCUGAACAGCAGCCUGUGGCCUUCCAGCAGCAGCAUGCUCAUUGAAGACUCCUGUCCAGAAGACAGACUCAGCCUUCACGUGGAAGCUGACACCAAGUUCUCCGUGUGGGUGUCCUUCUGUGAGAUCUACAACGAGAGCAUCCACGACCUCCUUGAGGCCACGCCCAGCGGAGCGCCCAGAAGGACCGCCCUGCGUUUGUCUCAGGACGUGAAGGGCAACGCCUUCGUUAAAGACCUGCGCUGGGUCCAGGUGGACAGUGCAGAGGAAGCCUACAAAGUAAUGAAGCUGGGCAAGAAGAACCAGAGCUUUUCCUCCACCAGGCUCAACCAGCUGUCCAGCAGGAGCCACAGCAUUUUCUCCAUACGCGUUCUGAGGAUUAAGGAUGCCAGAUCGCCCCGCGUCCUCGGCGUUAGCGAGCUGUGUCUGUGCGACCUGGCCGGCUCCGAGCGAUGUGCCAAGACUCAGAACCAAGGAGAACGUCUGAAGGAAGCGGGUAACAUCAACACGUCGCUGCUGAUCCUGGGCAAGUGCAUCAAUGCGCUGCGACACAACCAGCAGGCAAAGCUGCUCCAGCACGUCCCCUUCAGGGAGAGCAAGCUGACCCACUACCUGCAGGCCUUCUUCUGUGGUCGAGGAAAAGCGUGCAUGAUCGUCAACAUCAACCAGUGCGCCUCCAUGUAUGACGAGACCCUCAGCGUCCUCAAGUUCUCCGCUGUGGCGCAGAAGGUUGUGCUUCUGCCCAGCAAGCCUCCUCCCAUCACGCCCCUGAGGACCAACUCUGAGAUGUCCUUCAUCGGCAAGGGCAGCAGGAAGACUGUCCAAAGUUCUCUGAUUGACUGGGAGAGCAGCCUGGAGGAUGUGCAGGAAGUUAUCCAGGAAGAUGAUGAAGAUGAGAUCUCAGUGGAGGACACCUUGUAUCAAAGUGAUGACGACUUUGGCGACGUUGAGAAUCAAAUGCAUAAAAUGACCUAUGAGCAGCAGGCGGCGCUGUUGAAGCAGCUCAAAAUGGCACUGAAGAAGGAGCAAGCAGAGGCCAUGCUCAUGGAAGCACGGGUCCGAGAGGAGGUCGGCGCCGAGUUCACCAAGAUCUUCUCCGAAAUGCAGAAGGACUUUGCCGAGCGACUGGCGAGAGAGAGAGAGCUCCUGGAGGAGCGGGCAGAGAAGCGCCUGGAGAUCUUCAAGAAGCUCAUUGAAAAGAUGUCUGCCUGUGGAGAAGGUCCCAAUGCACAGAGCGCGGAGAUGGUAGCUGCUCUUCACAAGGAGACUGCAAGCAAAAAUGAGGUCAUCACUGCACUGGAGAAGAAAAUCUUGGAGACCCUGCAGGAGGAGGGGAGGUCAAAGGAGGAGGCCAGCGCCGCUCUGGGCCAGCUGGUGCUCCAUGAAGAAAAGGAGGGAAAAGGCAAAGAGGAGGAAGAUCCCCGAGCCAGAGAAGAAACGCUCGCUGCUCUGGAGGAGGAGAGGAACAGCAAAGAGGUGGCUCGCUCCAGUCUGGAGGCAAUGAGGGAGGAGGUCAGUAGGCUGCUCGAAGAGCGUGACCAACACCGGCAGGAGGUCCAUGAGCUGACCGCUACACUGAGAGAAACACAACAACAGGUUGCCAUGGAGACACUGAGAGCAGAACAAGCCUCCACUCAGGAACAACUAAAAAACACAAAGGAGGCUCAGGAGAUCUCUUACCACACCACCAUCAAUGAGCAGCUCAGACAGGAAGUGUGUGAGCUCCAAAAAAGUCUUUCCCAUGAAAGGGAGAAAUGUGAGAGUCAGAUGUUGGAGCUCACAUGUGUAAACGAAGAUGUGGCCCACAAGAAGCUCUUGUUGGAGCAGCUGCAGGAGAAACUGAGCUUCCAGGAAGCAGCUGCACACAAUAAAGCUGAAGAGCUGAGAAGGAUGCUCCAGGAGCAAAGCGAAUCAACAACAAAGCAGGUUGCGGAGCUCACUGAGAGGCUGCGACUACGAGAAGAAACCUGCGAGAAGCAGCUGGAGGAACUGCGUGAACAAAAAGCAUCAUGUGACCAUCUCAGAGAGCAGCUAGGCGAGCAGCAGCACUCUGCAGAACAGCUGAAGACCAAGCUAGAAGAAGCCAGCUCCAGCAGAUGUGCGGCUGAAGAAGAAGCGAGCAGGCUCAACGCUGACCUUUCGUCCUUAAGAGGAAAGGUCACCAACAUGGAGGAGGAGGCAUCGCCUUCUGCCUCAGAUGUGGAGGUCCAGACGGAUGCAGAGGCGGCUUCUGAGCUGGAGAAGAAGCUGCGCGACAAGGAGGCGCACAUAACCGCUCUACAGAAGAAGCUGCAGGAGGCACAGGAGCAGCGGGAGGACGAUGACAGCCAUGCCCUACAGGAGGCGCGGCGCGUUGAGGUGGAGCGCCGUAGGGAGUUGUUGGCGGUGGCCCACGAAGCCAUUGCCCUCAAGGAUGCCGAGCUGGAGAAGAGAGCUCAGGAGAUCAGCAGACUGAAGGAAGCUUCCAAGCAGGAUUCGGACAAAGUCAGGAGUCUGAGCCUGGAUCUUGAGAGGAAAGAAGAGGACACCUGUGACCUCAAAGAGAAGCUGGCUGACUACAAGAAGCAGAUCCAGCAGGUCCACAACGAGAUCUCUAACAUGAAAGAUGAGGAGAAGCUCUUAAGACAGAAGCUGUCUGAUGUGGAGAAAGCGAAGAAGCAGCUUCAAUCAGACCUGACCAAUAGAGACAGAAUCAUCCAACAAAUUAAAAUGGAGAAGCCAGCGGAGACCAAGAGUGACGAGACACUGCAAACGUACCACAAAGCCCGUCAAGAGCUGGAGGCAAAGCAGCGUGUGAUAGAGGACAUGCGCUUAGCUCUCAUGGAGCAGGAGGAGACUCAGCAGCAGAUGGAGCAGGUCCUGGAGGAGAAAGUCAGCCUCAUCCAGGAGCUCACUAGCGACCUGGGAAAAAUGAAGGAGCUCGGAAACGGUGGAAAGGAUGCAACCCAUCGCGCCGACUGCUCAUCACAUGAUCUUGAACUAGCUAAACAGGAAGCUGCUCGGGCUGAGGAAAGCCUCAGGCUCUGGGAGGAGAAACAACUUGCAGAGCGCCACAAGUGGAAGGAAGAGAAGCUGGCCCUCAUUGGCCAAAUCAAAGAGGCGGAGGACAAGAGGAACCAAGAAAUGCGGAAGUUUGUAGAGGACAGAGAACGAUACCUGGGUCAGCAGGCCCACUUGGAGGCCCAGCUGGCUCACAAGGAGCAGACCAUGGACACCUGGCGGAAGGAGAGAGACACUCUCGUUGCUGCUCUGGAGGUCCAGCUUCAGAAGCUGCUGGCCAGCCAAGCAGACAAAGACAAACUGAUCCAGCAACUUCGCCAAAACCGCACAGAGACGCCAGUAGAGGGUGGCGACAGCCUGGCGGCUCCUCUGGUGGAAAGAGAAGGGCCCACCUCGCAGCUCAAAGAUCCACUGAAGGCUGCCGCGACUCACAAAGAUCAGCAGCAGUCCACCACUCAGGUGGCAGACGGGGAAAAAGUCCAGGGGGAUGCAAUCACCAACAGGAAGUCGCCAGCAGGGAGCGAGACCAGAACAUCAGUCAGCAGUGAGGCCUCCUCCGGCUGCCCCACUGUGCUGGACUCCUCCCACAUUUCCACGGAGAACGGCAAGGCCAGCCGCUUCCCUCAGCCGGAGCUGGAGAUUUCCUUUAGCCCUCUGCAGCCCAACCGCAUGGCGCUGCGACGCCAGGGCCAAGACGGUGCCGUCACUGUCAAAAUCACACGCUCUGCCCGCAAGAGGAAGAGCAGCGAGAUGGAGAAGCAGGAUGAAGUGGAGGCGGAGAAUCAAAGAAACACCAAAGUGACGCCAACACUGAACAUGCACCAAGAAGAGUCUCCCCGUCCAGCUGCUCAUCCCUCUCAGAGCAGCAUUCGCUCCCGCAAGGAAGGAACGCUGCAGAAGAUCGGCGACUUCCUGCAGAGUUCGCCCACGCUGCUCGGCACUAAAGCCAAGAAGAUGAUGAGUCUGGUGAGCGGCAGGAGCGACGUGGACUUCACCUCGUCCUCCUCAACCACCACUUCCCCUUCCUCCUCCUCUUCCUCCAUCAGCCUGAGAGUCAAGAAGAAGAACAAGAGAAAACUAUUCCGGCCAGAAAUCUCCUCCCCCAUGGACAUACCCGCACACUCGAUUGUCAGUAGUGUGACGGAGGAGAAGGAAGGCGACCAUGCGAUCAUUCGGAGGUGUCUUCGCUCCGCGAAGGCCAAAUAAUCAGCCUACCGGCGGCAGGUGCAUGUUUGUUGCGUCUCAUUCAAGUAUUUGAAAUAACUUGUGUUUUUGACCUUGGCUAGCCUAGCUUAGCACCACAUGUGUUAGGCAGGAGUUUAGUGAUGCUAAGCUAAUCAGUGAGUCAUACUCAUACUUUUAUCACGUAGCUAACCAGUGCUGACUUUAUUUCAAUGUUUCUUAAAUGUGCAAUUUUUACAGAGUUGUGUUGCAGUUUUAUGUCAAGAAGGAAAACUCGUUGUGCACUUUAAUCUUCCUGUUUGUCUUCCACCAUUCCAACGUUACUAGAUGAUUAAAAUGUUUGGAUGGCACUUGGUUUUAC